ACAAUUAAAACAUGUUCACAAACACACUAUACAUCGGACUAGUGUUAGUAACGGUCGGGUUCGGUACGGGUAGCGCCGGACCCAACAGCGACCCUCACUUCGCGGGUAACCGUUCGGUAAUCGUAGAGAUGAUGGAAUGGAAGCACUCGGAAGUGGCCAAAGAGUGUGAGCUGUUUAUGGGUCCGUACGGUUACGGCGGCGUACAGGUGUCGCCGGUGCACGAGUGUGCCAUACUGGUGAAUCGACCAUGGUGGGAACGGUAUCAGCCGGUUAGUUAUAAGAUUGCCAGCAGGUCGGGCGACGAGGCUCAGUUCGCCGACAUGGUAGCCAGAUGCAAUAAGGCCGGUGUUAGAGUGUACGUGGACAUUGUGCUUAAUCAUAUGACCAUGGCCGAGCAGGGCAAGGGUACGGCUGGCGACGCAUACGACGGCGCCGGCGAACAUUACACAGCCGUGCCGUACGAACCGCAGGACUUUCACGGCAAGGAGUCGUGUCCUAACGCCGACCUCAACAUACAUGACUCGGACAACCCGACUGAGGCUCGCAUGUGUCAAAUGGGAGGCCUACGGGACCUGAACCAAGCCCGGGAUAAUGUCCGCAAACACCAGGCUGACUAUUUAAACAAACUGAUCGACCAUGGUGUGGCCGGGUUCCGGAGCGACGCCAGUCAGCACCAGUGGCCUCAGGACUUGGGGGCAAUCAUCGCCAGUUUGCAUACCCUGAACACAGCCCACGGCUUUCCGGCCAAUAGUCACCCGUUUUUCUACCACGAGUACAUAGAGCACGGGCCCAAUGUUAAGGCCACCGAGUAUACACCACUCGGGCGAGUGAUCGAGUUCAAAAAUUAUGAAAAUCUAGCCAGGGUGUUUCGCGGCCUAAACAACCAGCGUCUGUGCUAUUUGCGUAAUUACGGGGGCGGACCCAAGGGCUGGGGUAUGUUGGAUAAUAAUGACGCCGUGGUGAUGGUGGACAAUCACGAUUUGCAGCGUGGUCACUCGGGCGAUAUAAAUGUUACGGUGACAUUCUUUGAGCCCAAGUUGCUGAAACUGACCACGGCAUUUAUGCUCGCCUGGCCUUACGCUGUACCCCGUAUUAUGAGUAGUUAUUACUGGCCCCGGAAUUUGCAGAGACAAGGCGAUCACUUUAUCGACUCCAACUCUUAUAUCGGUCCCCCACACGACUCAAGCGAUAACAUACUAGACGUGACCCGCAAUCCGGACCUGAGCUGUAAUACAGAUAAAUGGAUUUGUGAGCACCGGUGGCGCCAGAUAUACAACAUGGUUGCCUUCAGGAACAUUGCAGGCGCCGAACCGGUGCAGCACUGGUGGGAGUUUAAUAACCAAAUUGCUUUUAGUCGCGGCUCUAAGGCAUACAUUGCCAUUAAUAAUGACGUUAAGCCCAUUGAUAUGACCGCCGACACCGGUCUGCCCGCCGGCACCUACUGUGACGUGAUAUCUGGCAAUUUAGCAGGCGGCAAAUGCACGGGAAGGCAAGUAGUGGUCGGCGCCGAUGGAAAGGCACAUAUAGUGGUGGACAACAAAUGGGAUGACCCUAUGAUUGCAUUUCAUAUAAUGUCUAAAUUGUAAUUUUUAAUUAAACUGUUGUAAAAUUUACUAUUC